AUGAUUUUCACUACUCUCAUUCAAGACACUAAAGUAGAGGAUGGUGUUAUUUCAAUCACAGCUAUCUAUAACAAAUUUUUCGAGGUGAUUGAUAUGGAUCAAAGCAUCAUAUCAUUAUGCACCCAAACUCAAACCAUGUCGUAUGCAAAGAUAAUUUAUUAUCUAUAUUUCUGUAAGACAGUUUCUGCUGGAAAUUGCUGCUUGUGUUCGAUUUGUUCAAAGAUUGACUCUGCUAAUCAAACAAGCCCAAUCUAUAGGAGGUCAUAUUAUUGGAAUAUUAUUGGAAAUCUUACAAAUAAUUUUCAAUCAAAGACAAUUGUUAAUUUAAUUGGACUACCCGAUUUAAAUCAAUUCAGUGUAGUUCAUGCAAUAGAAAUAGAUUCUCAUUCACAACUUAAAGCCUAUGAUGGUGGUAACUCUAUUUGGAACGAAUCCACCUGUUGUUUUGCUUACAAUGGAAACUUUGGAGAUACCUACAGUUGGACUGUACCGAGAGCACCUUUAGAUUCCACUUCAAAGAAACGUAAGCUAGGUUCAACCUCAGUGAUAUUUAAUCUUCAUUUCGAUGUCAAUGCCGCUCCAUACUUUAGUGGUGCAUUCGAAUAUGUCGAGCCGAUCAUCAAUGACCACUCGCCACAGUCGUACUACCCCAAUGCCAACGGCAGAACACUCCGUCUCCAAGGACAGUACUUUAUUAUCAACGACGACGAUCCUCAUCCCACUGCACAGAUGAUUCGUCACGACGGUGCUGUUCACGCGCUCACCAUCAACAGUGUCGGACACAACGAAAUCCAAUGUGUAAUACCCGAUAUUUCGCCGCUAGACAUCGGUGGUUAUGUAAUUAAGGUGCGAACCUACACAGGAUUGGAAGUGACUGGGCCAAACAACUUUGACUAUGUCUUUCCCGUCGUUAGGUCGGUUACACCCGAUCGUGGUAUCGCAGGACAAACACACGUCAUCGUGCUGAACGGUGACAACUUCCAUGAUAUCUUCGGUUCUUCUGUCUCCACCAUUACUGUCGGUGGACAACCAUGCACCAAUCCCCAAGUAGACAAAAUGACAGGCGCAAUCAGUUGCACGACACCCAACGUAGCGCUAGCACCAAGUCAAGCAGACCAACAAGAUAUCACAUUAACCAUCGAUGUUCAACAAGCUCAUUGUGACAGAAAAUUCAUAUUCUACACUCCUGAAAUUCUAACUAUCAAUCCAAAGAGAGGAUUUGCAGCUGGUGGAACCAAUGUUGUUAUUCAAGGACACUACUUGAUGGAUGUAACAGCAGCUAAUAUUGGUGGAUCGAUAUGUACUAUCGAUGUUACUACUAUCACUGCCGAUACUUUUACAUGUAGAACUAGUGCUUUCGAUUUGAAUGAUAUCACUGGUGUCACUCAUAGUCUUGUGGCAACGAUUGGCGGUGGCCAAUAUAGUUCGCCACCCACCGAGCAAUUCACUUAUUACACACCGAACAUCGUAUCGAUUUCACCUGCUAAAAUCAUUGACAAAGCUAACUGGGUUGUGACAAUAACGGGAACUGGAUUCUUUGCGAACAACUUGGUGAAGAUUGCCGACCAGGUGUUUGUACCAACCGGUGCAUCCACCGACAUGAUUCUCUAUGUCGACGUCGAUGCCAGCACACUCUCAGUAGGAAAUGCUAAUCUUAUUGUAAACUCUGAUGGCGGUGAUUCCAACACUGUUCAGAUCGCCGUUGCCAAACCAGAGAUCUCUGCUAUCACUCCGGCCAACGGAUAUGUAUUCUCUGAGACCGCUGUCACUUUGACCAUCAAGGAUUUCCCACUUGGUAUGACUCAAGACGAUAUCGAUAAAUACUUUGUAGUCAAGAUUAAAGAUAAACUGUGUGAGCGAUUGGAACAGGUCGACGCAACCAGAAUGACGUGUAUGGUGCAACCAGGUGAUGCCGUUCAAGCCGAAGAUCUAUCAUUCUCCAUCAAAACCAUUGCAUAUACAUCAACCGUGAAAUUCACUUACUUUGAACCGACAGUAACUGCACAGGCACAAUCUACAAACAUCCCUAAGGGUGGAGGUAAUCUUGUGAUCGAUGGAACCAACUUGGAUCUCGUCUCAACUGUCAAGCUGGAUACUGAAAUCAUGGAUAUCACAACAUGUGUCAUUCAAGUCGCUCAAAUCACUUGCACUAUUCCAGCUCAUAUUCCAGGUGCUUUCCCAAUUGUUUUGGUUGUUGUCGAUACCAACGAUGUUGAACACGAAUACAACACUGGUACAAACAUCAAUUAUGUCGGUCCAUCCAUUACCAAAGUCAGUCCAAAGUAUGGAUCGAAAAAGCAUGCUGCCACCAUCACUCUUGAGGGAACAGGCUUUGGAAAUACAGCUGGUUUGAUAACUGUUACUGUGGGUGCCAAUGCGUGUAACAACGUUGUAGUGGUCACCAACAACAUUAAGAUCACUUGUGAUAUUGCAGCACUCGCACCGGCAGUCUAUCCAGUGGAGAUUCAAGUGCAACCCAACGCACUCACCGCAGCAGUCGAUUCAAUGGACCAAAUUACCUACACUUCAAACACACUCUCUUGUCUUGCACCCGGUGGAGCAGACGGUUCGAGUGCAGCAGUCGAUUGGUGGUUUGUCUACAAACUCAGAUUGGGAGCAAGCAACCCAUAUCUCUACAUAGAUUCCACUAUGGAUCGUCUCGAAAGAAGAAUAAAUCUCCAAGAUCAUCCAACAGCCAACACAUAUACCAGUCCAAUAGAAGCAACUUUCUUACAACACCCAGAUUACUACUAUAUGUUUUUCAACGAUCAACCAAACUCUAGAACUACAACCGGUAAAAGACCGAAAUCAGUGAGAAAAGUAUCAGCACAUGGUCAUCUGAAAGGUAUGAUCUUUUGGGAUGAUCCUGCACCUGUGACUGGACAUCAUGUUUUCCGUUAUAUUUCAUUCAAUGACGGUAAUCCACUUGAAAAGCGCCGUGUGUUUGCAAACAUGAAUACCUGGACACAAAUUCAAAAGAAUCAAUACCCCUAUUUCUAUGAUUAUCUCUCUCAACAUCUCGGUUACAGCGAUCGUGUACCGUCGCUUGGAACACCAGCCAAGAAGAAGCCAAGUGAAUUGAUGGCCGAUUGUAAAGCUGUCAUCGCCGGUACCGUUGCCCUAGAGAAUGUAUGUUGGUGGCGAACCGGACAGAUUGCAGUGGCCAACGGUAAUCUCAAUGCCUACUACUUUAUGAAGAUAGGAACCGAUUUCACCGAUAAAAACAGUCCAUUUGGAAAUGCUAAUUUGCCACGUCCACCAACACUCAGCAAAUACAUCCUAAAGAAACAGGAAACAAGAGUUUAUGAUGGUAUCGAUAUGUGGAUGGUUGUAGCCGAUUACUUCCAGAGAAAGAUGUUCAUUGAAAUGUUCUAUGCCAUCGGUGCCAACCAGAUGGAACCAACCGAACAAGUCUUGAAUGUUGCAUUCCUUGAACUUCCUCAACUACUUGCCACUCGAACACCAAAUGGAGCAGGUGGAUUCGACUACUCUGAUUACCAAUACUCGGAAGAAAAAAUGAACAUGCUAAAUUUGGUCUGCCAAUGUGGUCGUGGUGGUGGAGUUGUUUGUAUUCAGCAUCCAACAUUGGUUUAUCAAUUCCACAGAAUGGUUAGACACUACAACACUUUGAAUGCAGCCGGUGAACUGACAAAUCCUUCUAAUAGAGAUGCAAUUGAGUUUUCUUUUGCAAUUAACCAACCAAUCAAGCUUGACAGACCAGCCACCUGGACAAACCCAGUCAACAUCGAAAUCAAAGACUAUAUUGCCAAUGUUCAUUACUCAAAGUUGCCAAAGGAAGUCUACCAAGUUCUCCCAGCCACCAUCCUAGCGGCACACGAUGUGCUCGCCGAGUUCCAAGCACUCAGAACCACCCUUACCAAUGUAGCACCAGCAGGUGGCGAGAUGACAUCGGUCACCCCUCCAGCGACAUUCCCGGUAACCCAACCCGAUAUUAUGAAUUUCGUUGCAACGGAUAUCAUGACUCUCCACUACCAGGCGUUCGACCAAGCCAUUGGAUCGGUAUGUGAUUACGACGCACUGAAAGUUGCAUGUUUGCAAGCGGAUACACGUGUCACAGAAAUCGAUAGAACACUUCCAUUGGGUUAUGCAGCACCUGACUAUCCUGCCGCCCAUGGAUACACCUAUGCCGGAUUGCAACCAUUGAGAACCUACAAUUUGAAUACCAACAAGGAUUUCAUUCUACUCAAAUUCGUAUCGGAAUUUAUGACCAAACUUCCAAAUCCCAAGAGAAAUAACUACCAAUUUAUGAUCGAUAUCACAGGUACUAUUUUAACAACUCGUUUCCAACCACCGUUUAUUAUAAGACUGACAGAAGAUAUGUGUCAAGAAGAAAUUGCUUACUUUAUGACACUUCAAUACAUCUACUACCAAGCUGGUGCACAGAAUGAAGCAACUCUAUUAUACAACAUCAAUGCCAUCAGUCCAAAUUGGGCAAAUGGUGUAAUUUUAGCAAUUUCAAAGAAACUUUAUAAUAGUUUAGUUGUUGGAAAGAAUGCAAACUUUGAUCCAUGUUUUGAUAAUAUUUUUGAUAAUUUCCCUAAUAUUGAAACUUAUACAGAUGAUAAGGCAAUGGAUCCACUAAGUUUAACUUUGGAAAAGAUUGUAAGAAGAUCAGCUGCUGCUGCUUGGGAUUGGAUGGGUCCAUCCUAUGCCGAUGGUAAUGGUGCCAGAGUUAAUAGAGUUGAUAAUGCAGAUGUUAUUCCAGUGGAUUACUUGAUGAAGCUGAUGAUUAAGACCUUCCAAAUUAGUGGUGUUCAAUCAAUGAAUGGUUUCGCCAAAUUGGUUAAGAAACAAUACAAGACUGAGAUCAACUUUAAGACCAUUCUCAUCAAUAACUACAUUAUUAAACCACCUGCACCAAAGGUAGCUGUCGUUGCUAAUAAUGGUAUCGUCCUUAUGAAUUUACCGAUGAACUUCCAAUCGAGAAGAUUACAAGAGUUGAUCGAAGAUCCAAUCGAUUCACAAGCACCACUUCUUCAGAACGAAAGAUCAUUGGACUCGGGUAUUCAUCAACUCCUGCUUUCCUACAUGAAUACAAUGAAUGAGAGCAGUGUCACUUCACUCACUCAAUAUGAACAGGAAAAGUUGGAGACAUCCAUCGACAAGUGGAUAACCAUACGUAGUCAAAGCCAAGCAAUUCAGACAUUGUUAUUGGAUCCAACCAAUCAGCACAGCAAUCAACCGAUUAAGUUUAUCGAUGAAAUCAAUCGUGACCAGAAUGGCUAUCAAAUAGAUCUUGGAUACCAAACGAUUGGUACCACCGGUAGUAGAUACACAUUGUUAUCACCUCUUUCCAUAGUCUCAAUUACAUUCGUUCUCGAGAGUAUCAUGAUAGGUGAAGAAGCAAGCAGAGUUUCAAUUGGAGAUUUAGAAUUUUAUUAUCUUCCAAAGCCAGCCAAUUACAAUGGUGUCAUCACAAGUGAUGUCGAUGGAAUCGGACCAGUUGUGACAUCCAUCAGCAACUCCACGGGACCAACCGUGGGUGGUAAUAUAAUUACUCUCAAUGGUAUCAGAUUCAAUUCAUCGAUGACUGUCGCAGUUGGUGACUAUGAAUGUCAAUCCACUACACUUGUCUCUUCCAACCAAAUAGUGUGUACAGUUCCUAAGGGUUCAGGUACUCAACAUUUGAUUCAACUCUUUACCGACCAAACUUUAUUCAACCUUCAGAGAACCAAAUUCUUCUAUUCAUACAAUGCACCAGCGAUCAGCGAUAUCUCUCCAAAUAUUAUUGAGAGCUACGGUACUGAUAUCAUGACUAUUUUCGGUUCUAACUUUGGUGAUGAUGUCAGCAAAGUCAAGAUCAUGAUUGAUGAGAGACUCGAAUGUUCUCCAAUCAUUGGUAUUUCAUCGGAUUCAAUCGUUUGUGUUACACCAUCUGCCAUUGGUGACCAUCGUACUGUGACUGUAUCUGUUGCUGAUCAAUCUUCAAGAUACACAAUCGCUACUCUCGAGACCCAAUCAUUCAGUUUCAGCGGACCUCAAAUCAACGCUUUCGCUCCGAGCUCUGGUGAUCCCAAUGAUGUUAUUAUUGUACUGGGUAAUGGUUUCGGUAAUCCUGAAGACUCUGACUUGCCACCACUCAUCUACAUCGGAGAUGAUCUCGUUGAAAUCAACAACUUCACCAAUGAUGAGAUUACCUUUACACUGGAAUUCGAUACACUCACCCAACCACUCGUCAUCCAAGCCGGAGAUCAAUCUGUCAACUCUCAGUUCACAUACCUUCCACCAGUCGUUUCACUUUUCAACAAUACAUUUGUUCAAACCUCGGGAGGAUUGAUUCAAAUCUUUGGAUAUGGAUGGGGUAUCUCAACGGAUGAAGUUGAGUUCACAGUGGGAGCAAGCGAUAUUGAUUGUAAUGCAUUCGAUUACUUUGUAGAGUGCUACAUUCCUCCUGGUAUCGGAGCAAACCUGAGUGUUACAGCAACAGUGUCAGAUCAAUCGAUUGAUCUUGGAUUAAACGAUACCAUUUCCUAUCUUCCACCAACCAUCUCCCAGUACAGGAUUGGUGAUGAAAAUAACUUGUUAUUCUAUGGUACAAACUUUGUUCCAGUUGACCUUGGUGUAACAUUCGACGCAGCUACAACCUAUGUCAAACUUGUUUAUGAUAACCACAUACAGACAUGCACGACCUUCAAGAGUAGCAGCUAUAUCGAAUGUGCCUAUUCAAAUCAGUUACCAAAUACAGCUCAAGUCUUUAUUGCUGGACAACCAUCAAAUAUUCUCAAUCUUUCACAAGAUAUCUGGGCUUCGUGGUUGAAUACUGCAAUUUUGAACUGCCCAACUGAGAAAGAUAUUAAGUUUGAAAGACAAUUGUCAAUCAUAUAUUCGAGGAAAUUUAGAUUCAAACAACUUGAAGAGAUGAAUUCAUCAAUUCAAUUCAAUAAUAACAAUCAUCUUCAAUACUACAAGAGAUAUGUUAUUCGAUUCUUAAUAUUCGAUCAAGAACAACACCAUACCAACACUUCAAUCUCUUCAUCAUUUGUUAGAUUUUCAACAACCAAUCAGAAUCAUGAUACCAAUACUGAUCAUAAUAAAUCAGUUGUUGACGAAACCAAAUGGGGUAAUUUGUCUGUUUUAAAAAACAUCCCAGAUCCUAAAGUAAUUGAAAAUAUAUCGGAACUUGGUUAUUUACAAACCUAUUGUAGUACUUUGAAUGUACAAGAUAAAGAAAAACCAAAAUAUAUUGGCAGUGUACUUCUCCAUUUUCCAGAUGUUAAUCGAGAGACGAAUCUUUUAAUAACACCACUGGUCGCUGCCUUUUACUCUUUUGACCAGUUUAAUUUACUCGAUCACCUUUCCUAUAGAUAUCCUCGACUAUAUUUCAAUAUUUUCCUUCGAAUGAGAUUGAGCACACCAACUUGGAUCGAUUAUCAAAGUUUCAAAGAUAAUUCAAGCUUGUCUAUUCUCAAGAUGUUUAGAUACACAAUGGAUAAUGACAUUGAAUCAAUCAAGAGAAUAUCGAUUCCAGAAGCUUUGGACAAUCUCUUGUCUCUCCGUGAUUCAUUCUUUUCAUUUGAGAGUAUUGCUUAUCAAAUUACCCUCCAGCUUAUCCAACCAUUCAUUCAAGACACUAAAGUAGAGGAUGACCAAUUUUUUGUUGAAAUUCCCAAUAGAUCUGGUGUUUCUUUGCCAAUCAGAAAUUCAAAGGAUGCAAGAAUAGUUAUGGCUCCACAUCCUAUACUUUUAAAGGUGACAUGGUCAUCAAAAGUAGCACAUUCAAUGAAUGAAAAUCAUCUUGAUUGGAAGAUAUCGAAACUUUAUAUUUGGGAUUCUUUUAUUGAUGAAAUACCACCAAAAUAUUAUUUACACUAA